AUGUGCUCGGCGGCAGCAGCAGAAGCAACCGGCAGCGGACUACCGGGCGGCAGCGUGCCGACGGGCGCCGCUGCUCGUAGGGUAGCAGCGCUGUUUGUGCGCCAACCAGCGCUGUGCUUGGAACGCGCAGUUGGGGAGAAGCAUGGAAUCGACCAAAACCUGUGGGACAGCUGCCAUUUCCAGGCCGAAAUUUACCCGGACCUGCCGCUGGCCACCACCUGGCGCGACCUGCUGCGCCGCACGGUUCAAACUGCGGGGCAUGAAAGCGAGGUGGGGCGGGUGGAGCCACCGCCGAAGGUCUGCCCCGCGGAGCGUUGGACAGUGCGCACGGUGGCGGCGCAGCUACGAUCGCGAGACCAGCUGCGCUCCAUGAUGCUGUCGGCAGCGGGGGUGGACCCGGCGGGCGACCCCAAGCCCGGCGUGCGCCCUGCCGACGCCCUGCUCUUCGUGUCUGGCAGCCACCCUGCCCGGCAUUUGCCAGGGGCAGGCAGGUGGCUGCAGGACAGCUUCGACCUGCUGUUGCUGGCAUCGGCGAUGCGUGAGGAGGGUUACCUGCCCGCUUCCCUGUCACUGUGGGCAGUGGAGAAUCCCAUGCUGGCGCCCGUGAAGCGGCUGCGCCAGAAGGCAGAUGCGGGGGCAGAGGUGGUGGUGACGCAGCCGGCGCUGCUGUGGGAUCGUGUGCAGCGAUGGGCAGAUGAAGCAGACCGGGAGCUGGUGUCGCACAACGUCAAGGUUAUGCUGGGCCUGCCCAUCGUCCCCUCCAUCGGCAACCUGGACUUCUGGUUGCGGCUCUGCAAUGUGCGCGGCCUGCCUGAGGCCCAGGCCCUGUUGCAGAGCUUCCCACAGUCUGAAGAGCGGGACCGCAAAGGGCACGCCGCGGCAGUUCGCCAGUGGAAUGCAGACCUGAUACGGAAGUCUCUGAGCCUGCCCGGCGUCGCGGGCCUGCACGUGAUGCCUCUGACCAAGUUAGCCCGGCAAAUGACGCUAGACUUUCUGGCAGACGGCACCCUGCCCUCCCGGUUCUGA